CUGUGCGUUGGUGCCUUCUUUUAUCACCACGCUCCUAAAACACAGCUCUUUCAUUUCAUGUCAUUUAAAACGUUUUUAACCAACUCGAUACUAACGAUAUCAUCAGCAGUUAGCACUCACAAGCACUUAGGCAGCACUCUGUGUAAAGACGUGCUCUCUAGGCAUAGCUGACCCUUUUGCGUGUCUUACUGCGUUUGAAGUAGUGAGGAAAACCUUGGUGAGGAGGAAGACCGUGUUCACAGAGAGACUGUCUGUCCCCUCCUGGCAGAACGAUGUGACCCUUUGUUCCCAGAGAGCAGCAGGUUUCUUUGCCGAUGCAGAUGCAGGCUGCCGACAUGGUGCACGCCAGGGCACAUGUGCCCGUGUUGCAGCCAAUUCCAGCCUUGGCUUAGGAGAGAUAUAAGUUCAAAAAGAGCCUAUAUGAGGCCACAUUGCUGGUUCAUCACUUCCACCUUUGUUGCACCACGCUUAGGCAGGUUGAAGAAAUCUGUCUGGGUAGACAUAGGGCAGGUCGAAGAGUUGUCCGAGUUUGUUGUCAUGAGCUAAAGCUAGGCCUCGAAGUGUCAGAUAACGGUUUAAAGAUGAUCUCUGCUGUAAAUGUAGGAGUGGAGGAACAGUUUCCAUAGACACCUUUGAUGUUUUCAGCUGAAAACAGAAAGGGUCUGAGGAACACAUGUUUGCUUAAUAUGUCACUGAACGCCAGGCUCUCACCUAUGGCCUGUAUACGGCCUAAAGUCAGAUAUUGUCUCUGUUGUGAGUAAAGGGCUGUCAGGCAGUGCAUUGCGGGUGAGUGGCUGGGUGAGAAAGUGCGGCAGAGGUGGGUCAGCAGCACGUUUGGCUAGGCAGCAUUUUGAUUUCAUGCCUUCUGGCGACGCCCGUGGCAGUUAUGCUAAGACUCUGUUAUCCCUGUCCCUAAAGGUGGCAACAAUGCUCUGAUGAAUGUGUCUUCAGGCAAUCACUGUGUAUAUACAGAGGUGCUGCUUGAGCAGAGUGCCUCAUAACUCCUGUGUGAAACCUCAUUUUCCCACCUGUAUGGCCUUUUAACACCACGAUGGGGAGUUUCAUCAGAGCUGCAUGCAGGUUUCCCAGGCCUGAGCCACCUUCAAGCUUAGCUUGCUAGAUGUCUUCCUAGUUCACGUUUACAGAAUGGGCUUUUGCUUUUAAACCUGUCAGUGUUGUUUUGCAGCAAACGCUUAAUUCCCUAGACAAGCUCAUAACCAUCCAAAGAUUGAAUUCUUAUGUGUGAAGAAGAUGAAGCAGAGAAGCUAAACUAUGCUGCUCUGCUGCACUAUCCCCCAUGAGGCUUAGAUUCAGGCGGAGACCUACAAGAAGAUAUUCACGCUUCUGGCUUCCUAGGCACAGGAGGGGAGCAGGCCCUCUGGUGCAAAAAUCCAUGCACGCUGAUGAAAACCUGUGAAGUCAGACCCCUUUCCAUAUAGCCAAGGAAGAAUUUAGGGCCUAGCUUCCUGCUUGAGGGCUCACGGACUUUCCAGGUGCUCUGCGGGAGCAUUCUUAGGCAGAGUUGUGGUGAAACAGCUGCAAAUAGCAUCCAUGAACGGAUUGCCUCAAAGGGGUCAGUUGGAGCUAUUGGUAUCAUUGAUAACCCGGAACGACAGGGAAGUCUGAGCUACUGCUUUCUGAUAAAGAAUCUCUCAUUACUGCACACGCCUGUCACCUCUGAUGCCCCUCUUUCAAGCCAGCCACACACUCACAGGGUACAGUCUGGUGCAGAGUGCUUCUGGCAAAUACCAGAUACUUCUGGGCUGUUCUGAUCUCUUAGAGGCCUGCAGACACACGGCCUGCCGCUCAGUGUGCCAUGCUGUGUUGCCCAGGACUGCAACCAGGCCUUCUCCAAUAGCAGAAGGAAGGUCACAGUUACAGGCAGAAAUAAUUUCAGCUGAGCGUGAUAUCCUAGGAGUGGAUGAGGCUGGGUAACAGGACUUUUGCCUAGAAGCUCUCCAAGGCAACAGGGUCUCAAGCAUAACAGUGCAAAAUCAUUUUUACAGUGGACCUGGAACUGCAGAGUUUCAACCCAGUGCACCCCAAGCUUUUUAUGGACAGAAUAGCCAUCAGUGUCCGGAUGUGCUCAGGGCAAACAAUUCUAGGGUCCAUUUUUCUCAGUCAGUAUUAUUUGCUCUUUCGUCUUGAAAAACAAAGCACAGAACAAACUUCAGACACAUACCUGAACAAAAAGGUGAAACUCUGACAAGCUGGAAAGCGUGUGGAGGCCUGGCAUAAACUCACAGACCUGAUCCCAAAACUGAGGAGGAGGAAUAGCUUGGUCUUCCAGGAUUUCCUACUACGUCUCCCUUUUCCUUGUAACUAAGCACAGGGCUUCACCAAAUUGGUGUGGCCUACCAGAAAUAGAAGUGCAGAACUAUUUAGACCAGUCUCCUUUUCAGAUUGGGCACACGUUCCAUCCUGUGCGUGAGGAAUCUUAUUUAUCACGCUGUCAUACUUAUUUCUUUCUCAGUAUUCGUCCCGAGUCAGGAAAUGAGACACACUCACCCACGCAGAAGAUGCCACAACAAACAAAAAGGCUGACAGUGAGAUCUUGCUUUCAAAGUCUUCUCAAGCUAUGAAAUCAUCGUACGGGUCUGCUGCUUUUACUGUCCUUGUGGUUCUCGCUUUGGUUUUAAUGAAGUGCAGCUGAGGGGUUUUUUAUACGAAUAAAAGGAAAAGGCCAAAGCUUGGUGAAGUCAUUAGGUGCAGGUAGAAGACACCUUGCAGUCCCUUUCAUAUCACCGUGCCUAAUUCAUGCGUUUUGGGCUGCAUUCGGCCUGCGGCAAACACAGACAUCUCGGGAAUGCAGUGUCUUGCGGCUGCUUGGGUAGAAUGCCGCCAAAUUCCCGUUUGAAAAGUCGUGUUUCCACUUCAUGUACCUGGAACGCGGUGAGGCGGGCCCUGCACGAAAUGAUAGAACUGGCUCCUCAGAUGGGAAAGAGCAAGAUGUCUUUCGUGCAAGACGCCGGGCUACUUCUCCGUUUUCUGUGCAGCUAAUCACAGGGUUUUACCGCAACUGCUGGGUCUUAGGGAGAAUCAAAGUGCAGAACGCCUUCAUUCUGCCUGUGCGCGAGUGCGAGCCGGCUGCAGUGGCGGCGCGGGGCCUCCGGGUGCCGCUGUUGCCCAACGCGGCGCCGCAGCCGCAGCCGGAGACGAAGCCGGAACCGGAGCGGCCGCAGCCUCCCGCGGGGCGGCAGCUCGCUCGCACAGCGCCCGCCUCGGAGCCGGCAGAGCAGAGCGCAGCAGAGCGCAGCAGGGCAGCGCAGAGCAGGGCAGCGCAGAGCAACGCAGAGGCGGGCUGGCUCUCGCCGCGCCGCGCCUGCUGAUCCGCGAGCCAGCUGCGAGGGAUCUGCAGAGCAGGGAAGCGUCGGAGGACGGGAGGAGAGGCGCCGGGAAGGCGGCGAGCGGCGGCGAUGGGAGCGGGGCAGGCAGCGCAGCGCCGCGCAGCAGCCAGGCACGUCGCGCUGCUGGCCGUGCUGCUGCCGGUGUGCUGCCGGGCGGCGCCGGAGCGGCUGCGCUACGCCAUUCCCGAGGAAACGGGCAGCGGCUCCGUGGUGGGGCCGCUGGCGCGGGACCUGGGGCUGAGCCCGGCAGAGCUGCCGGCACGCCAGCUGCGGCUGGUCUCGGCGGCUAAACGGCACCUGAAACACUUCGCCGUGAGCGCGGAGGACGGGCACCUGUACGUGAGCGAGCGGCUGGACCGGGAGGAGAUGUGCGGCGACUCUGCGUCCUGCUCCGUCAGUUUCGAGGCGGUGGUGCAGAACCCGCUCAACGUUUUCCACGUCGACGUGGCUAUCCAGGACAUCAACGACAACUCCCCGGUCUUCAGCAAGGCUGCUCUCGACCUGGAGAUCGGGGAAUUGCUCCUUCCUGGUGCGCGAUUUCCGCUGGAGAUGGCGCAAGAUCCGGAUGUGGGAAGCAACUCGCUGCUCAGCUACCAGCUCACGGAAAACCCGUCCUUCAGCCUGGCAGUGAAGGAGAGCCCAAGUGGCAAGAAGCAGCCCGAACUGGUGCUAGAAGCCGCUUUGGAUCGUGAGCAGCAGAGUUCCUUCCAGAUGGUGCUGACGGCGGUGGACGGUGGGGCUCCAGCGAGGUCUGGCACCGUGCAGAUUCGCAUCAACGUGACGGACGCCAAUGACAACGCGCCCGUGUUCAGCCGAAGCGCCUACGAGGCGCGAGUGCGGGAGAAUCUGCCGGCGGGGUCGCUGGUGCUGCAGGUCCGAGCCACGGAUGCGGAUGUGGGCUCCAACGGCCGAGUCUCCUACUCCUUCAGCAACGUGCCGCAGGCUGUGCGCGCUGUCUUCAGCGUAGACAGCGACAGCGGCGACAUCCGCAAUGAGGCGAUUCUGGAUUUCGAGGAGAGGAAUGAGUACACCUUCGGGGUGGAAGCGAGGGACGGCGGCGGGCUCAGCGGUCACUGCCAGGUCCGCGUCGAGAUCACAGACGAGAACGACAACGCGCCCGAGAUAACGACGUUGUCGGUGUGGAGCCCGGUGCCCGAGGACGCCCCGCCCGGCACCGUCGUGGCCCUGCUGAACGUGCACGACGCGGACUCUGGCGACAACGGGAAGGUGCGGUGCGAACUGGACGGCGAGUCGCCGUUCGCCGUGGUGGCGUCGUCGGGCAGCUCGUACAAGGUGGUGACGGCGAGCUUGCUGGACAGGGAGCGGGCGGCCGAGCACAACGUGACGGUGGUCGCCAGCGACCGCGGCAGCCCGGCGCUGUCUAGCCGCAGCGCGCUGGCGCUGGCCGUGUCGGACGUGAACGACAACGCGCCCGUGUUCGAGGAAGCCGCCUACAGCGCCUACGUGGCGGAGAACAACGCGGCGGGCGCGGCGGUGCUGCGCGUGCGCGCGCGGGACGCGGACGCGGGCGCCAACGGGCGCGUGAGCUACUGGCUGGUGGGCGGCAGCGCGGGCGAGGCGGCGGCGUCCUACGUGUCGGUGGAGGCGCGGAGCGGCGCGCUGUACGCGCAGCGCUCCUUCGACUACGAGCAGUGCCGCGAGUUCGCCGUGGAGGUGAGGGCGCAGGACGGCGGGUCGCCGGCGCGGAGCUCGACGGCGACGGUGCGCGUCUUCGUGGUGGACCGCAACGACAACGCGCCGCAGGUGCUGUGGCCGGCGGCGUCGGCGUCGAGCCCCGGCGCGGGCCCGUUCGAGGUGGUGCCGCGGUCGGCCGAGGCCGGCUACCUGGUGGCCAAGGUGGUGGCGGUGGACGCGGACUCGGGGCGCAACGCCUGGCUGUCGUACGAGCUGGUGCAGGCGACGGAGCCGGCGCUGUUCCGGCUGGGGCUGCACAGCGGCGAGGUGCGCACGGCGCGCGCCGUGUCGGAGCGGGACGCGGCGAGGCAGCGGCUGGUGGUGGUGGUGAAGGACCACGGGCAGCCGGCGCUGUCGGCCACGGCCACGCUGCACGUGGUGCUGGCCGAGAGCUUGCAGGAGGCGCUGCCGGCGCUGAGCGAGCGGGCGGCGGGCGCCGAGGCGCCGGCGGACUUGCAGUUCUACCUGGUGCUGGCGCUGGCGCUGCUCUCCGCCUUGUUCGUGCUGAGCGUGGCGCUGGCCGUGGCGGCGCGGGUGCGCCGCGCCGGGCCGCCCGCCGUCCUGCGCUGCCUGGGCGCCGAGCGCUUCUCCGUGGCCGGCCCCGCCUUCCCGGCCGACUUCUGCGAGGGCACCUUGCCCUACUCCUACAACCUCUGCGUGGCCCCGGGCCGCGCCGUCGCCGAGUGCGCUUUGCUGCCGGCCCCGCUGCCCGCCCGCGCCGUCGAGGAUCUUCUCAGCGGAGAGCCGCCGUCCGACGCCGACGCAGUGCAGGUCGGUAAGCCGACCCCAGUCCCCUUAUCUCACACCUCGUUAUCUUCUUACGAUCUGUAUUCGUUCAUUUAUAGUUUUGUUAAUCUUUAGCAAAAUUCGUUGGUUCUCCACGAGUAUAUUUGAAUACUGAAUACGAAAGAGUGGUGCCUUUAGAAGUGAAUGAGCGAGUGAAUGGAAGAAACAAUAGUAUAAUGCCUUCUUUUUAAGAGCAGCAAGUGCUUUCGUAAGGUUCUUUUGAUAACUUUUUCGGAAAUGUACCGAAGAGAAUACACAGGGGGUUGAUCGGGGAUACUUGUCAUUUUAUAAGCUAUCAUAGAAAUUAGUGACAUAAAUGCCUGUUGUCACACUGGCUGACACGGGUAUUUGCAUAGCCAGUCACAACAGUCUUGUAGGUCAUGAAAGAUCACGUAACUCGUACUUCACGCAAUACUGCUUUUCCCUCCUCCAAAUAAUAGCGGGAUUUUAAUGAGAGACCGAUGGGGGACUCUCCGUCGGACCCCGAUGCACGGUAGGUCUGUAAGCGUCCCAAACCUCUCAAUCUUUCUUUAACUUCACACCAUUUUUUUCUUUGGUUUCCAUUUGUAUGUUAUAAUGGGAAACCAUAAUCCCUUUUUCAUGAAAGAAGGAGAUCAUAUUCUUCCCUCCUUGCCUAAAAGCAGGAAGUGAAUAAAGGUACCCUUCGGGUCAUCAGAAAUGACACAUUCAGGCUCAGUUGAAAGGUUCUGGCCACGCUAUUUGCUCCAUAUAAUAUAGAACACGCUAGUAACUGUGAAUGUGGUUCCUCAUUGUAUAUAAUAAGAUCUACUGCUUCUGCCCUUGAGGACUGGGAAAAUGUGAUUGACAUUUUGUGCUGAAGAGGUUUUUUUUUUUUAAUGAACUCAUUUUCCCCAAAUAUAUGGGUUUGCACGUGAUUGAUAGUGUUGAACACGAAACAAAUGUUUUACAUUGUUUCAGUAACGUAUCUCCAAAUGAAAUGUCAGUGCAUGUCCGUGAAUGGGGCGACAAAAGAGUGCCUCCGGGCGUGGCGAGAGCCUAACUUCCCCUCUGAAGAAAGAAAGGCAUGUCGCCGUCUGCCCUUCCAGUUUUUGCUGUGGAAUUGGGGGAGAGGGGUGUUAUUUCCGUGAGGGCAUGAUUUCUCUGAGUUCAGCUAUUUCUCAUGGCUUUUUCCAUCCACGGUGGUAGUGCUUCGUCUCUUUUGCUGGUCGUCACUGUGUCUUCUAUACAGGUGAAGUUAAAGGGAGACGCUGAUGUAUAGCCGAUGAUAAUGAUGCUAUCUCUCCUACAUUCUCUAAUGUCUAUAUAAUAAAUGUAAUUGUUAGAGAGGGUGUGGUACGGCGGCAAAUGUAAAGAUAUCCUUCUAGUCUGUCAAACCGGAACGUGUAGUUUCAUUGAAUACUUUCACGUUCCAAAAUUAAUUAGGGGAUAGGAGUGGGAGAUAUGCUAUUCUAAGAUUAUAGACUUUGCAUUUUUGUAGUGGUGCAGAAAAGCAGAAAACGAAAGGAUUGUUUGUAAAGGAAUGGUAUUUUUUGAUCUGAUGUUGGAUUAAUAGCAAUUGUUAAAUAUACAUUUUUUUAAUUUCCUGC